AUGCCAGGCGAACCAGCAAAGCGCACGAGGCGCGAGGAGUACAAGAAGUCGUUGCAGGCCGAUGAGCAAAAUGCAGCCCUGCCAAAGAAGAAAUUCUACAGACAACGUGCCCAUGCUAACCCAUUUUCGGAUCACUCUCUCACAUAUCCCAAGAGCCCCGCAGAUAUGGACUGGGCCAGCCUGUAUCCCGCCUACGCCAAACAUCAGAAGCAAGCAACAGAAGGAGAGACGGCGAGCGAGUCACAUGACGUGAGCGUAGAAGAGCAACGGAAACUCAACGAGGUGACGAAGAAUGUCGAGAUUGCAGACAUUGGGUGUGGGUUCGGUGGCCUGCUUUUUGCCCUUGCGCCAAAGUUUCCCGAUACAUUGAUAUUAGGCAUGGAAAUCCGCACAUCAGUCACAGAGUACGUGCAAGAAAAAGUCCGCGCCCUGCGCAUCCAAAACGCCGCAACCAACGGCUACCAAAACGCAUCUUGCAUCCGCGCCAACACGAUGAAAUUCCUACCCAACUUCUUCCAAAAAGGCCAACUCGCCAAGAUCUUUCUCUGCUUCCCUGAUCCCCACUUCAAGCAGCGCAAGCACAAGGCCCGCAUCGUGUCGUACACGCUCAACUCGGAAUACGCCUACGUACUGCGUCCCGGUGGCGUUGUGUACACGAUUACCGAUGUGCAGGAUCUGCACGAGUGGAUGAAGGAGCAUUUUGAGAAGCAUCCGAGUUUUGAGCGGGUUGAGAAACGGUUUGAGGAGGGCGAGGGUGAGGAUGGCGAGGGCAUGGAUGAGUGUGUCAAGGCGAUGCGGGUGGAGACUGAGGAGGGCAAGAAGGUGGAGAGGAAUAAGGGGUUGAAGUUUGUGGCGUGCUUUAGGAGGAUUGAGAAUCCGCCGUGGCCUUGA